GCUGCGGCGCUGGAAGCCAGGGUUCCAGAGACAUGGAGAACCAGGGCAAUGGGUCGGGGUGUCCCGAAGCCGAGGAGCAUACAGUCACACAGGCUGCCACAUUACUGACCCAGGAGGAGGUGACACAUGCCGGUGACAGCAGCGGGAGGAAGGCGCGCAAACGCCGGCUUAUUUUUGCGGUUUUAUUGCUGUGCUUGCUGAUAGGCAUCUUAGCAGUCAUCUUGGCACUGAAGCAACGCUCUAGCGUUAAAGGGUACAGCACCUGGAUUAAUGAGGCCUGUGAAGACAUGGAGGCCGUUCAGUGUCCGAAAAGCUUCUCAAAAUCGCCCCUCAUUCUGGUUUCCAUGGAUGGGUUCCGAGCUGGGUACUUGGAGGACCACGGCAAACACCUGCCAGCUAUCAGUAAAAUGCGAACAUGUGGGACGUCCACCUCAUUUAUGCGUCCUGCCUAUCCCACAAAGACCUUCCCUAAUCACUACACUAUUGUGACAGGCCUUUAUCCUGAAUCUCAUGGGAUCGUGGACAACAGGAUGUAUGACGUCAGAAGAAAUGCCAGCUUCAGUUUAAAGAGUGAAGAGAAGUACAACCAAGACUGGUACCUGGGACAGCCUGUAUGGCUCACUGCUAAGUACAACAAACUGAAGGCAGGAACCUUCUUUUGGCCAGGGUCAGAUGUUCCGAUCAAUGGGAGCUUUCCAGACCAGUACAGAAAAUACAACAGGGAAGUGACCGCCCACGAGAGGAUCCAAACUGUCAUGGAGUGGCUGGCUCUGCCUCCUGAGGAAAGGCCCGACUUCUACACGCUGUACUUCGAGGAGCCCGACUCUAGCGGCCAUAGACACGGACCGGAGAGUAAGGAGUUGCUGGAUGCUCUGAAAACCAUGGACACCAAGAUGGAUUAUCUGAUGUCCAGUCUGAAGGAAAGGGGGCUGCACAAGUGUGUCAAUAUCGUCUUUCUCUCUGACCAUGGGAUGGAGGUGGCAUCCUGCCAAAGGUCUGUGUACAUCUCAGCGUUCCAGGAGAACUUGGAGGCCUUCACGGUGCUGCAGGGGCCCGCGCCACGUAUUCAGCCCAGGCGGCUACCGGAGGACUUUUUCACGUUUGACUAUGAGGGACUGGUGAAGAAUCUGUCGUGCAGAACUGAGAACAUGAGGCCUUAUCUGAAGGAGCACCUACCCAAGCGACUGCACUUUGCCAGCAGUGUGAGGAUAGAGAGGGGCCUUAUGUACAUGAAGGAACGAUGGCAGGCUGCCCAGAGGCCAGGAGACCUGAAGUACUGCAAAGGAGGAUUCCAUGGCUCUGACAACGUCUUCAAGAACAUGCAGGCUGUCUUCAUUGGAUAUGGUCCAGGGUUCAAGUCUGCAACAACUGUACCUCCAUUUGAGAAUAUCGAAGUGUACAAUCUCCUUUGUGAUCUGUUAAACAUUCCUCCUGCCCCCAACAAUGGGACCCAUGGCAGCCUGAACCACCUGCUUCGGGCUCCUGUCCACACCCCCGUGUUUCCUGCUGAGCUGUCCCCCGCCACAAGCUGCGUGGCCCCAGGGCGUGCACCACCGGAUGACCUGGGCUGCACCUGCCGCACUCACACCAAGGCUCAGUUGCAGGAUUUCAAUGACAAGCUUCGCACAUACAGUUCGUAUCUGGGAGCGAAACGCCAGCACCUCCCCUACGGAAUUCCUCGGGUCCUCCAGCCCAGUGCCAGACACUGCGUUUUAUACCAUCCUGAUUACAUUAAUGGAUUCAGCAGGGACACUUUCAUGCCAUUGUGGGUGGCUUACACUAUUAAUCCUCUGAACUCCGUCCAGCCUUUGAGAUCGAACGUAUCCGACUGUCUCCGUGUGGAUGUGCGAAUCCCACAAGGAGAAAGUCAGAAAUGUCCUAGUGCCCAGCUCGACGGCGCCCCCUCUGUCGGCUUCUUGCAUCCUCCCAACCUCGGGAAUGAAAUGGACUCAUUAAUCACCAGUAACAUGGUCCCCAUGUAUCCCACUUUCAGAGCUGUGUGGACGUAUUUCCACAACGUUCUCCUGGUGAAUUACUCCAAUGAGCUGAAUGGAUUGAAUGUCAUGAGCGGGCCCAUAUUUGACCAGAACUUCGACGGGAACUAUGAUGUGCUGGGAAAAGCCAAGCCGAAUGAGGCCCCAACCCCUACGCACUUCUACGUGCUCCUUACCAGCUGCAGGAACACGACCUUCUCCCCCGGCGACUGCGUGGGGCCCCUGCAGACUGUAGCCUUCAUCCUGCCGCACCGGCCGGACCUCACCGAGGCGUGUCCUAAGGGGUCUGACUUGCACUGGGUUCAGGAAUGGGCUCAGUUUCAUGUGGCUCGGGUUCGAGACGUGGAGCUCCUGACUGGACUGAGCUUUUACCACGACAGGAUAUCAGUCACUGAAACUCUGCAGCUGAAGACGUUUCUGCAGCUUUUCUGAGCCUCGCGUUACUGCCUGGCCGGGUGAUCGUGGACGGACAGGGUACUGAGUCCACAGUGACUUUUUGUGUUUUCAUAGACAAAAGGAAAUAUUCCUCACAAACACAGGACAUUGAAAACAUUUCUGUUGCUAUGGACAAUGUUUUUCAACUUUGGAUCUUAAGUACUUUUAAUCGGAAAAUUCCAAAAAACCUCAAACAUGUGGACUCUCUGUUACUGCAAUUUUGCAAAAUACACUUGCCAGCUUUUUUUUUUGUUCUUUCUUUCAUCUGUUAGUGAUUUAGAAAGUUGUCUGAAAUAGGCUUUAAACCAAAAAAUUAGUUUCAUUAAGCGUGUUUUAUUUCCGGUACAAUUUGAUGUUUUUUUAAACAAGUAACUGCAUACUGUAUUCUUAAAAUGUUUUUAUAAUAAAAAGGUAUUAAAUGAGUGCUCUUCCAAAAAGUCA